AUGCGAGUUUCCGUUUGCAUUUCCCAUCUCCGAUUUAGACACGCCACGGUGACGCGGUCAUGGAAGGGGCGACCUCAAAUUCGACCCUACCUCCAGGAAUCUGACUGGACCACUGUGCAUGACGAGCCAAUCCCAUCGGUCCGAAAUUUUGUGACACACGACGGCUUGAAAGGUCGGCAGCUUUUUGACGGCGAGCCCACCACGGACGACGCCAGACCUCGGGGCAGGGGCGGCGACACCGCCCGAGCUGGCCCAAAGGGUACCGCCUCCAGGCGUCAGAGGAAUCUCAGAGGGGUACAGGAACGGGCCCGGCCCAUCGUCGGUCCGGACCGCGGCUCCGCGCGUCGGCGAGCACCGUCACAUCGCAGCGGUGCCUCGAGAAAACGCUCUUUAUCUGGUGGGGGAAAGUUCGUCAUGCCGUCGAAGACGAAGGACACAGCCGCUCCGAAAGAGGGCGCCGGCGUAAAGUCCGUCCCCGUCGUCGUUCCUCCCGGCUGGAAACCGAAGAAGAAGGGAUACUGCAUACACGACCGGCAAAAGUCAAAAUGCAGGGACUGCGGUGGAGGCUCCGUGUGCGUCCACGGGAGGAGGAAGAGGCAAUGCAAGGAGUGCGGAGGCGCGGGGAUAUGCCAACACAAUCGUCAGCGUUCACAGUGCAAGGAUUGCGGCGGCGUUUCGAUUUGUCCGCACCGUCGUCGGCGUACGAUGUGCAAGGAAUGCGGCGGCGCGCACAUCUGCCGGCACGGCAAGGAGAAGUCGAAAUGCAAAGAGUGCGGAGGAAUAUCGUUGUGCUCGCACGGUAGAGUCAAGUCGCAGUGCAAGGAGUGCGGAGGGUCUGGAUUCUGCGAGCACGGUCGUCGUCGGACCCAGUGCGUAGAUUGCGGCGGCGGGGGCUUGUGCCAACACAAUAAGCAGAGGUCACGGUGCAGGUGGUGCAGGGAUCUGGGAAUUGUCGGCGACGUUCCGAUGCCUAAACCAGCGCCGAACGAGGCGGUCCACGAUCCGCGCUCCUUUGAUGCGGAUCCCAACGUAUCGGACGCGCCGGCGGCGGCGAUGACGGAAGUGCCGGCGGCGAUGGUGGAAGCGCCAGCGGCGGCGGAAACGGCGGCGGCGAUGGCAGAAGCGCCGGCGGCGGAAGCGGCGGCGGCGUUGGCGGAAGUGCCGGCGGCGAUGGCGGAAGUGCCGGCGGCGAUGGAGGACGCGGCGGCGGCGAUGGCGGAUCCCGAAGUCUCGGACGCGCCAGCGCUGGAAGCGACCGAUCUGGCGCGGGUCGAGCCGAAGGUGGACUUGACCUCGGAGUCGCAGGGCGAGGCGAUCAAAUCUGGAUCUGUGGGUGAAUCUUUGAGACGCAUUUCCGAGAACGAGGUGACGAGAUCCGAUCGGGUCGAUCGCAUGGGAGUGUUGUGUCCGCACAAGAAGUUUGCGUCGGAGUGUCCGAUUUGCAUCGGCGCGGGGAUCCUCGCUGCGCUGACAUCGGGGAACGUACCGGAUCCGGAGGGUCCGAGCGCGCCAAGGACAGAUGUGGAAGCCGAAGAGGCCAAAGGGGACGAUCACACCUCCGCAGAUCCCACGCCGUCUGAGACACCGUCAUCACCAAAGUCGCCAAAGAGGCCGGCACCCCCAAGGCGGACAACGGCGUUCGCAAUGGAUUCGCUGUUUAGUUCGACAUACCGACGUUGA